UUCGCAGGAAAAAAUGUUGGGUCACUACUACUGAAAACAUAAAGUAUUGACGUAUUAAUCCAUAUUAUUAGUCAUUCGUUGGUAGCUGCGAUGAUGUUAUACGGACUUAUUCUUACUCGUUUAGUUUUUCUCUUCGACGAGUCUGAAACCUUGCACACACAGCCGAUGUUUGGCUACAUCACCCGUAUCAUCAAGGAUGUCACAGAAAAUAGAUGCGUUUUCAAACUAUUUGACAACGUUAAUAAGAGCAUAUCAGAAAAACAAAUGCGCUUCAAUAAUUUGCUACUGGUGGAUCUUAAGUCCAUUCUGAAGCCCCAAACAUCCUUUUUCAAUCUCUUCGUACUUCUGCGUCCUCCACAGAAAACGGACUUACAAAAAUGUAUAAAUACAGGGAUGCAUAUAUAUAUGAUUGUCAAUACUUAUGUCCAUCACUUGUCCCUGUGUGUUUUUGAUCCGGAGAACUACGAAAACAAGAAACGAAGUAUUCACGAAUGGUGCAGUGAGGGACAGUCCUACCAAGCAGAACUUGUACGCUUGCAGAAAUGUAUUGACUAUCGUUCGAGAUGUAGCAGUCGGACCUACGAGGCUAUUAAUAAGGACAUUUUGAAAUGGGGCCUGAAAGCUUACAAUGUGACGAAGUUUUCGAGAGACAUAACCAAUGUGACUGACUGUUUCAAUAAAGCAGAGUCAAGGACCUAUACGGAUUUCCAAAUGUUGACAGAGGGUUUAACCAACUGUAUCGAGGAGAUAAGAAGACUAAUUACUGACAUAGAAAAAGUGAACGCGCUCUUGCCCCACCUUACUUGAUUCCGUUGUGCUGAAAAAAACAAAUUUUAGUUUAUUUUAGUUUAUUUAGUUUAUUUUUAGUUUUCGAAUACGAAAACUAAAACUGAAAUUAUGACAAAUAAUGUUAUGUCUGAUUAAUUAUAUUUAUUUUAU